AGCAGCCAGUACGGCAUCAACCUCUUCCUGGCCGGGCUGCUGCUCACCUUCGCCUGGGCUGUGCACGCCGUGGGCAUCAGCAAGAGCCACCUGCUCUCCUACCUGAUCACGCUGAUGCUCAUCCAGCUGCUGUGGAUGCUGUGGUACCUCUGCAGGAGCUGCACGCAGAGGAGGCUGAUCCCGGACAAGGACAGAGCCCGCUGGCUGAAGUGUGGGAUUACAUUAUUUGCAGUGAUUACUUUAAUUCUAGACUCUUUUAAAAUUGGAUAUUAUAUUGAUUUUUCAAACUGUUUAUCACCAACUGAAGGCAUUUUUCCAGUUACACAUGCCGUGCACACCAUCUUACAGGUGUAUUUCCUUUGGUGUCAUGCAAAGGAUAUUAUCCAGUCUUUCAAAACACUUGAAAGGUUUGGGGUUAUCCAUUCUGUGUUCACAAAUUUACUUCUGUGGACAAAUGGGGUGUUAACAGAGUCAAAACAUCAACUGAAUGAACAUAAGGAAAGACUAAUCACGCUUGGUUUUGGGAACAUAACAAUAGAUGAUCAUGCACCUCAAUGCAAUUGCACAACAACAACUCUCUGCUCAAUAUUUUCUCAAGGAAUAUAUUACCUAUACCCCUUUAAUAUAGAGUACCACAUCCUAGCAUCCACGAUGCUCUAUGUCCUGUGGAAGAACAUUGGCCGCAAAGUUGAACACCAUCAGCAACACAAAACUCCAUUCAAGUUCCACGGCAUAACUGUUGGAAUGAUUUUUGGACUAAUCGUGUUAACUAGCACAAUAGCCAUAGUUGUUGUGUAUUUAAUUCAGAUUGGAGGUUCGAAAGUCAAGAGCGAGUUAGCUCUUACUAUGUUUUACUUGCAUGCUAUUUUUGUAUUGGCUCUCAUGUGUACAGCUGGAAUUGUUGCCCUUCUAAUCUACAGACUGGAAGAUAGAUCGUUGGAUAAUUCAAAGAAUCCUGCUCGAAAACUUGAUGCAGAGCUGCUGGUGGGCACAGCUGCAGGGUCCUGGCUCCUCUCCUGGGGCUCGAUCCUUGCCAUUAUCUGUGCUCAAGCUCACCCAAAAUAUACAUGGUAUAACCUGCCCUACUCUGUCCUGGUUAUUAUUGAGAAAUAUAUUCAGAACCUCUUUAUCAUUGAAUCCAUACAUCGUGAGCAGGAAAAGGUGAACGACGAUAUUAAAACUCUUCGAAUAGUGACUAUAUCUCGGGGGAGCACUUUAUCACUUACUCCCUCGUACAAAGAGAUUUACAAUGGCACAACUGCUCAUGAUAAUGGGGAGGUACCCUGCCUGUUUAAGGGCACUAUCUAUGGGAGAGAAAAUGAUGGUGGUGGUGGUCAUGGUGCCAAAGAAGAAACAAGUCAGGAUAAGAGUUUGGUCAUGCAUUCAGCCUCAGAUUUCUCAUUUUACAGUGGAAACUCAGUUACUAACAACAAGAGGAGAAUUCUGAAGAACAUCGCUGCAUUUUUAUUCCUAUGCAACCUUUCGCUGUGGAUACCGCCAGCAUUCGGGUGCCGCCCAGAAUAUGACAAUGGACUAGAAGAAAUAGUUUUUGGCUUUGAACCCUGGAUAAUCGUUGUGAACCUUGCAAUGCCUUUUUCUAUUUUCUAUCGGAUGCAUUCAGCUGCCUCACUUUUUGAGGUCAAUUGUAAAACAUAG